UCGUAUCUAAGGAAAGAUAUUUGUCAGUUUUUGGAAAGAUGGUUUGAUUAUGAGAAUAAAUAGUUUUUCGUUUGAAAUGAAGCGAAGUCGGAGUGAACUUGUUUCUUCAGCAGUGGGCAGCUUUCUGAGAAGAAGACAAUAUUCGGACUCGGAAACAUUCAAAAAGAGUGACCUGAACAUUCAUCAAGUUCUUCAGGAGAUGACUUUGAAUGCCACUGUCUGUGUUGGUACAGGAAUGAGAAAUGCUUUCAGCUACACUAGCAUCAGUGGAGAUGCCACUGCUGUGGACCAGCAGUACACAAGGUUGAAGAACUUUUUAUCUGAAGCUUUAGAGCCCUACAAGUCUGAACUCUCAUACAUUCUCUUUCCUAUGUUUAUCCAUCUUUACUUGGAAUUGGUGACUAAUGGUCAGAAGACUGCAGCUCAAAAGUUUCAUUCCAGACAUCAUGGACUUUUUCUUCAUUCCCAAGAGUACAAAAGUGUAGCAGAGAAUCUUUGCAGCAUUGUUACCCUUCAAGACCUUACAAAGUUUUCUACUGUAAAGGAACUUAGGGAAAAUAAAUUCCAUGUGCAACUCAGUGAAGAUUGUGUAGAAUAUUUCUUGAAAUUUUUAAAGGAUAAUGAUCAGCUUAUACUUCUUCAGGUGUUAAACAUGUACUUUUGUAUCGAAGUGGUUAAUUUAUCAGAUCGAGAUUCUAAUAAUCUGCAUAUUAAAGAAGAUAGUCCACCAACAAAACUCAGCCAAACUUCAAGUCCUGCUUGUGAGAUUAAGAAUGAAAAAAGUCCUAAGUCACUUACUAAUAGUAAAGAAUCUUUGGAAGCUUUGAAACAGGCCAUCAGGAAAGUGUCAGAAAGCCCUCCUUGCCUUCCUUCAGUGUGUUUGUAUACUGUGAACAAUACACAUCAGGGACUUAGUAGUGUCAGCUUGUCCCAGGAUACUACUCUUUUGGCUGGUGGCUUUGAGAAUUCAAGCAUUCGUCUAUGGAGUCUGACACCCAAGUCUUUAGAAUCAAUGAAAACUGAUGUUGAUGUGUCUAAGAUUCGUCUUGGGUACGAUGUUUUGCCAGGAGAUUAUGAAAUGGAAAAUGAUGUUUCUUCAAGCCAUGUCAAAGUGAUGAGAGGUCAUGGAGGGCCUGUAUACAGCCUGGCUUUUGUUCCAAGAAGUAAUAUAUUGUUAUCUGCUUCAGAAGAUACAACUGUCCGAGCAUGGAGUAUGACAAACCACACCAAUGUUGUAAUUUAUAGAGGCCAUGCUUAUCCUGUCUGGUCUCUGGAUAUUGGGCCAUUAGGAUUUUAUUUUGCUACAGCAUCUAAAGACCACACUGCAAGAAUUUGGACUACAGACAGAACAUAUCCUCUAAGGAUAUUAGCUGGACAUAACCUAGAUGUUGAUUGUGUAAAAUUUCAUCCAAAUGGAAACUAUGUUGCCACUGGUUCCAGUGAUCGAACUGUUAGACUUUGGAGUGUUCAAGAUGGAAAGAUGGUCAGGAUGUUCCAUGGUCAUAGAGGCAGUAUUUUUGCCCUAGCGUUUUCUCCCAAUGGACAGUACCUGGCUUCUGCAGGUGAAGACAGGAGGAUAAAAAUCUGGGAUCUUUCUUCAGGAUUGGUCAUGAAAGAGUUACGGGGACAUACAGACACUGUUUACAGUGUCUGCUUUAAUAAUGACAGUACCGUUUUAGCCUCGGGAGGCUUGGAACAUGUGCUCAGGAUUUGGGAUGUCAGAAAAGGAAUUACCCACCAUGGAGGACAUACUGCUACUGGUAGUACUGCUAGCACAAAUCCCAGAUCCGACAGAAUAGAUAGUCACACUACCCCAGAAUUGCUAGGAGCCUUUCCAACCAAAUCCACUUCUGUGCAGCUUGUCCAGUACAACUGGCAUAACUUAUUGCUGGCCAUAGGAGAAGGAGUAGAGACACCUAGUUCCUGACUCUCCUAAGGGAGAAGAUAUGUUUUUCACAGUUGGCAAGCAAGGUGCUCCCAGAGAUAUUCAACUAAACUCAUAUCAGGGCUACGAAGUAGCCAGAGAAGAACCUAAAGCUUGUUGCAACAAGUGGCUCAUUCUUCCUGCUGCAAAUACAAACCCUUUUUGGUAUCCAGCAGAAUUAAGUUGUUUCUCAACAAAUACCAUGCCAAUUUUUCCAACAUCCAAAGCAGCUGUGCUGAAAUGCUUGACCAACCUUUCACUAUAGUGAUAAAUCUGUUUAAGGUGUUUGGUGAAAGUUAAGCAUCAGAGACCUCCACAUGUUCCUGUACUUUAAAUUGAUUUUUACAAUCCAGUUUAUGCAGAAUACAUUGAUCUAACCUGCUAAAAAAGGCUGGUUCUGUGACCAUUGAUAACUAGCAGCUCUAACUAUUGAUUUACAAAAAUGAACAAUGAUGUUAUUAAGUCUUCUUUAUAAAUCCAGUAUUUCUUACUAUAUUUAACUACGUAUAUUUGGCCAUUUACAUUAUUGUUUAAGGUUCUCAUGGUGCAUGCUUGAGAACAGAGUUUAGCACAAGUUUUAUUUUUAACAUUUUGACAAAAGCUCUGUUGUUUAAGUAUCAUAUUUGCUAACAUUACUAAUAUUCUGUGGACAAAAGCAUAAAAGAACAAGCUGUAUUUUGAGUACUUUUGUAAUGGGGCAUUUCUAUGUGAAAUAUUAAACAAAUUCAGAUUUUCAUAGUACUUUCUUUCUUAUAGAAUAUAAGCUAUUACUUUGAUAUAUCCAAAGCUAUUGUAAAUAUACUACAGGUAGAUAACCCCAAUUAAACAACUUAAGACUUUGUUUUACAGUUGUUGCUUUUACCUGACAUUUUUGUUUAA